GCCCCGGGGGCUCUGCGCGCAGCCGGGCCGGGCGAGCGGGCUCUUCCGGCGUGGCCGUCGCGGCCGGGAAGGGAGGCCGCUUCGUGGCGAGAGACGGUCGGGAGCCCCGCCACCCGCCGGUCCGCGCGAUGCCUCUGCUGGCGCUGCUGGCGCUGCUGGCCGGCGCGCCCUGGGCAGAUAUUUGUGAAGCUCUGAACGUGAGCGUCUCUCCAGGACCCAGAACCCAGCACCUGAUUGGAGAUAACGUGACUUUAUGCUGCCACGUUUCUCAGAAAAGGCGAAGAGAAAACCUUUUGGCUGUCCGGUGGGUGUUUGCUCUCCCCUCUGCCCAGGAAUACCUGAUGCUCAAAAUGACCAAAUUUGGGGUCGUCCAGUACUAUGGAAAUUACACCAGUCACUUCUAUAGGCGGAGGCUUCGUCUCCUUGAGGAGAAGCACAGGGCGAUGUAUACAUUUUUGAUUUUGAAUAUCCAGCAAGCCGAACAAGGGCACUACAUUUGCAAAGUUCAAGAGAUCGGCAAGCAAAGGAACAAGUGGACUUCCUGGUCCAAUGGAAGUGCCUCCACUGAAGUCCAAGUGUUUCCAUCCCAGUUUUUGGAUGAGGAAAAACACAACGCUUGGGCAUUUUUUGAAGACCUCUCUGUCUACGUGGUGCUGAUGUGCUCAGCAGGGAUCCUGAGCAUCCUUCUCUUCGCUCUGGUCACCCUCUGCCAGACCUUGAGCAACAGGAGGCGAUGCCAUGUGAAAUGUAACUUGGUGAAGUCUCCUAAGAAGAGCUUGCAGGAGGCAGGAAGCCCCAGCAAGGCAGCCGGGCCUCCAGGGCCCCCCACCCAGAGGAAAGGGCCCAAGGCGACCGAAGGCCCCCCAGCAGUUCCUGCCAAAGCACCAACAUCCCACGCCUUCUCAAAGCCAAAACUCCUGAAACCACAAAGGAAGGUCACCUUGCUGAAGGGCAGGGAGGAGAACCUGACCUACGCCGAGCUGGAGCUGCUGAAGCCUCACCAGGAAGUGGCAGGUGCCUCAGCCGCCACCGUCUACGCCCAGAUCCUCUUCCAGGAAAACAGCCUGUGAAGGAAGCGGGGUGGGGGGGGAAAUGAUGGGGGGUGGCAAGGACUGAAUCAAGGACUACCUACCAGCUGAAGGCACCACCCUCCUCCUCCUCCUCCUGCUGCUAGUGGCGGUUCUGCCGCCUUUUCAGUUGGAAGAGAAUUUGAAACAUUCUCAGGAAAAAAAGUAACCCCUUUCCUUUGGAUGAUUGGCAUGUUAAACUUUUUUAAAAACUGGAGGAAUAAGGAUUAAUAGAAAACUGGAAGUUACACUCUGCCUUUGCAUCAGAACUUGAUCAUGGGAAUAUGAAAUGUUUUGUUGGCUGGGAAAUGGCUCACAGUUGAGGUUGAAGAUGAAUGUGGCUAUAGAACAAUUUUACAGACCCAGGAUUUUUUCAAAAGAUUUCUAGGCAUGUAAGAAAUGUACAUUGGUUCCUUUUCCAUGUUAU